GUAAAUAGAGGGAGAUUUGGCACCAUGUUGGAGGAGGUGGAGGGCGUGUGAGGGAGAUCUGUCAUGUGGUUUGCGCUUCUCCACUCAUCUCCACUAGCCUCCACUCAUCUCCACUAGUCUCCCUCAUCUCCACUAGUCUCCACUCAUCUCCCAGGCCGUGUGCGUAAGUCAGCAGGAUGGUGGUAGAGCAGGGUCAGCAGGAGCAGGGUCAGCGGAGGCAGCAGGAGGUUCCGCUGGUCCCCGCCGAGCUUGGGAGGGCCUCCACCGCCAACACCUGUGUGGAUGUCCUGCUCCACCUUGAGGCCGUGGUGGAGGAGGUGUUUGGCGGAAUUACCUCCAGGCUGAAAGACACCUCCGCCAGGCUGGAUGGACUGCGGCAGAGGGCGGAAAACGCACAGGCCAAGGUGGAUCGACUUACUGGAAUCAACAAAGCAACACAGGUCUUCUCCAGUGCCCAAUACCCAGGGGGGGAGGGGUACCAGCCCUUCCCCCUGGUUCACACAGGAUCGAAGCCCCCCCUGGUCUUCCACAGCACCCCUGCCCCCCCCACCCAGGACCCCCAGGCACCCCCCACCAUGACACAACUGCAGGAGAAGCUACAAUUCUACCACGUUCGGGAGAGGAAGACCGGAGGAGGAGGAGGAGGAGGGGGGCUGGAGGGGGAGGAGGGCGACAGGGAGGAUGGUCUAGGAAGGCUCCCUCCUCACCUCUCCUCCGUCUCCUCCCUUCUUCUCUUCAACACCAACCACAACCCGUAUAAGAAAUACAUGGUGCUUGACCCCCUGGGCGUGGUGUGUGGCACAAGAGGCGUGGCACCGAGGAGCAGGGCGGGCACUGGCACCCCCACCCCCCCUGGCCUGCACGAUGCCCCAACCACACUACAGGACGGAGCGAUUGGCGGCGGGCUGGUCAACAAGGAUGGCUACCAGUACCUGCCUGACCUCACCGACCUGCCUGACCUGGACCUGCCCUCGGAGCUGCCCUUCCUUACAGGUGUUGCAAAUGACCUUCUCUUUGAGGGUGGACCUGACCCCACCAUCGCCCCCUCCCUGAGCUUCCACGACGGUCCCCCCCUACAGCCCCCCUCCACCACCACCACCAAACCACCACAACCACAACAGUCCACCACCACCUCCACUCCACCACCCUCACAACCAGCUCCUCCACCUCCUCCUCCUUCCACAACUGCUCCUCCUCCUCCUCCUCCUCCUCUUCCUGCAUCUAGUACUCCUGCUCCACCUCCUCCUCCUCCUCCUGCUCCUACCUCUGCUCCUCCUCCUCCUCCUCCACCUCCUCCACCUCCUCCGCCGACAGGACCAGCCCCAGAGACUCUCCCAGCGGCCGCACUUUCCGAGGCUCGCAGUGACCUCAUGCGUGCCAUCCAGGAGGCCGGGGGGGUCGGGGGUGCCAAGCUGAAGAGUGCCAAGCAGGGGGGCCGGAAGAAGGGGGGCAGUGGUGGGGGCAAGGAAGGGGAGGGCAAGGUCACACCGAAGGCUUCCGGCGGUGACCUUAUGAGUGACCUUUUCAAUCGCCUCUCACAGCGACGCAAGGGUAUUUCCGGGGCACAGAAGAACCCCCCCAGCGAGCCCCCCAGGACCCCAGGGGGUGGCGGGGGGGGCAGCACCAUGGAGAGACUGGCCUCCAUCAUCCCCCCGCCCCCCCUGAGCUUCGGAGGGGGGCAGGAGGUGGAGGAGGGGGGGGACAAGGAGGGGAGUGAUGAGGAUUGGGAUUAAGGGGGGGGUCUCUCUCUCUCUCUCUCUCUCUCUCUCUCUCUCUCUCUCUC